CCAGUUCAUUUCCUCAGUGAUGCUUGUAGAAAUGUUACUUAUUUGUUUUUUAAGUACAGCUUAAUGAAGAUAGUUCUUUAUGGUUUGUUUUCUCAAUCUCUUAAGGGGAUAUAAGCCACUAACUCUGGAAAACAGUGUUUUCUAUUUUCUUUUUUUUUUUUUUAAACUGAAAAGUCACUAUUUUUAUGUUUGUACUACCUUAACCUGCUUAAUGGCAUUCAAAUGCUAAGUAAUACUGAGCUCUCCUGGUCAGUCUUAACUGUUGAUUUUUUGAAAGUGCAUUUUCUUCAGUAUUAAACAGACUUAUUCUAAAAGCAUGCAAACAAAUAGCCUUACAGUAAAAGGGAAAAGAGAGAUUUAUGAAUGGAGGUGUGCCGGUCACUGACUAUCUUCAAGCUAAGUCUGUUUAAAAAAAGUCUGGUUUUAAAAAAGGAGUUGGGGGGGUAGGGGGGGAGGCUUUGAAAUGUUAGCUCUCCUGGUAGAAAUGACAUUCUUUGUGGACUUACCAUGAGUCACAUCACGCUGAUUUUUAUGUGGUGCUAGGUGAGUUGUGCUGCAGUAGCGUUACACAAGCUGCUGACGCUGUAACAAACCACUGUCCUGAAUGCAUUUGUAGAACAGAUUUUCCUCUCUUGGUAACAGAACUAGUUUUAAACAGCAGAACUAUCUCAGGAUAAGCGGAGCACUCACUAAGGUGGAGAAGUGUAUUGUAGGCUUUACCUUUCUAGGCAGUGCUUUAAGACUUGUAUACGAAUCUUCAUUAGGCAUGCGAUUUCACACUAUGUAAGGCUAGUAUCAACUGUUGUGUUUUGUUGUUCAUAGUCUAAAGGAUGAUAGGUAAGUGUGCUGUGUGUUAAAAUGGUCUUGUAAAAGCUUAAAAUUUCAGCUCAGUUCAGGAGGCUAAUUACAAAUUUUCCCCUUUACCUUCAUUUUUGUUCUGUAAUUCCCCUGUUCCUUUAUCUCCAGUGUCCAAAGUAGAGGGUUGAUGUGUUGUUGACUGACUCAGUCGUACAGCUGCUAACUUGAGAGUUUAAUAUGAAGAAUUUUGCUGUUCUUUUUAAAACAGCUGUCUACAAAUGACACUUCAGAUUGUUCAUUUCUGUGUACUUUGAAGCAACUUAGAAGCAACAUAAUACUGCAUUCUCAUCAGUUAGGCUGCUGUUAGUUAAGACGCAUCUUGUGUGUGCUUAUAAGCAUGCUUACUUCAAAAUCUGUUUUGUUAGAGAGGAUAAUUGUUCCUUAAUUAGCAUUACAAAAAUGAAGUCUUGUUCUCUUGGUCCAGACGUGCUGUGUGUUGUCAACCAGUAGGCCGCUGUGCCUGUUCUGUGUGUUUAAUAAAAACCAAAGCAAUAUCCUGCGUUCAUGAACUUCCAGAAACAGGAUGUCCCUCUUAAAACUGUUUCGCAAACAGAAGUUGCAAAACUUACUCUUCACCAUUCAUCUCUCUCUGACUUGGAGAAAGCAGGACACAUCUCCAUUAGCUUAGGGCUCACUACUUCUCCUGCAAGAAUAGACUAAUACACAUGCCCUUGCUCAAAGCACCAUAGAACUUGGCAUGCUUACCCUAAUGGCUUGCACCCCUGGGAGGCAGCGAGAAGGGCUUCCCACUUACGGAAAGAUGUCAGCAAUUGGAGUAGUGUCCUCCUGUUCCUGUCUCCGUCCUGGUGUACGGCUGCGGAAACUGGGAAUGCAGAAGAUGAGCUCCUUCAGCUUACACACAGCAGCCAGGUGUGCUGCCAAGGAUUAUUAUGAAGUACUUGUGUUGGGUGGAGGCACUGGUGGAAUCACCAUGAGCGCUCGGAUGAAGAGGAAAGUGGGGUCAGGAAACGUGGCUGUUGUUGAGCCGAGUAAGACUCAUUACUAUCAGCCACUGUGGACCCUCGUUGGCGGUGGUGCAAAGCAGCUGGCAACUUCUGCGCGUCCAACAGGAAGUGUAAUGCCUAAAGGUGUUGAGUGGAUCAAAUCUCGAGUUACAGCAUUGGAUCCAGAUAAGAACUGCGUCUGGCUGGAGAAUGAUAUUAAGGUAUCUUACAAGUAUCUGAUAAUUGCUCUUGGGAUUAGUCUGCAUUACGAAAAGAUCAAAGGCUUGCCUGAGGGUUUUCAUCACCCUAAAAUAGGUUCCAAUUAUUCAGUUCAUACGGUAGAGAAAACAUGGAAAGCUUUACAAGAUUUCAAGGAAGGAAAUGCUAUCUUCACUUUUCCCAAUACACCAGUGAAGUGUGCAGGGGCUCCUCAGAAGAUCAUGUAUUUAUCAGAGGCCUACUGGAGGAAAACAGGAAAAUGUUCCAAAGCAAACAUAAUGUUCAACACUUCACUUGGUGUCAUUUUUGGUGUUAAGAAGUAUGCUGAUGCAUUGCUUGAAAUAAUAAAGGAAAGGAAUAUUACUGUUAACUAUAAGCGCAACCUUGUAGAAGUUCGAGCAGACAAGCAGGAAGCUGUGUUUGAAAACUUGGACAAACCUGGAGUGACUGAAGUUCAUCAGUAUGAAAUGCUUCAUGUCACACCCCCAAUGGGGCCACCUGAUGUACUCAUCAACAGUCCUGUCUCGGAUGAAAUGGGCUGGGUGGAUGUAGAUAAGGAAACUCUACAACACAAAAAGUAUCCUAAUGUAUUUGGUAUUGGAGACUGCACCAACCUUCCAACAUCAAAAACUGCUGCAGCCGUAGCUGCCCAGUCUGGAGUGCUUGAUAAAACUAUCUCCCUGGUAAUGAAGAACCAGUUGCCAACUAAAAAGUAUGAUGGAUAUACUUCCUGCCCGCUAGUAACAGGCUACAACAAGGUGAUUCUGGCAGAAUUUGACUACAAUGCUCAGCCUUUGGAGACCUUUCCCAUUGACCAGAGCAAGGAGAGAGUAACCAUGUACCAUAUGAAAGCUGAUAUGAUGCCUUUUCUCUAUUGGAACGCGCUACUUAAGGGAUACUGGGGAGGACCAGCUCCUGUCAGGAAGCUAAUGCAUCUGGGCUUGAAGUAACUACUGGUUCUCAGUGUUGGUCAAACCCUUUUGAAGAAAAAGGACUGGUCUCACAAUGGAUCAAUACAUAUCUUCCCUCUUGGACCACAUAGUACUGAUUUUUUUUUUAAUCAAGCUUUUCUCCUAAAUUCACUUUUUUUUUUUUUUACAAGUGAUUAAACCUUCAUAUGCUCUUUCACUGCUCUUCUAUGUAAACCAAGGCCUUAAACCACUUCUGUACCUACACAGGAGUUUGAACUUGCAUUAAGCUACACAGAACACUACCAAAAUCUUCUAGAGCAAUCAAUAAUUUUAAAGCUGUUGUAUAUGUAAAAUUUUCUCCCCGACUCUAAACAGAAUUGUCUACAUCCACAAUCAAUGCAUGCACUGGAUUUAACAGAAUAAUUCCAUGCUAGUAAAAUGGCCUGAAAAGCU